AUGGCCGCCGACAUCAAGGACACCGCAGACCUAUCUGCGCCCCGAGAUGUCAGCGAGAUUACGCGCGAUAACCAACUCAACUCGCCUCUCUUACGUCUUCCUGGGGAGAUUCGCAACCGCAUUUACGAGUACACUUUCUUCGAUGCAAAAGUAAUGGUGACAGACCCAGACUGGGACUGGAACGGCCGGGUGCCCUGGCGGAACGAGCGCCCAAACCACGUUCUCGCGAUCUGCCAGCAGAUUCGCCACGAAGCUACCUCCAUCUUCUGGAAUGAAUGUAUGAUACAACCUGUCGGUAUCUUUUUCUUCUCCGAGGUCGCGUCAAUCAUGGGAGUGUCAAACUGCGCUCGUAUCACGUCCCUCUACGUAAAUAUGGGUCUAGCCUUCGACGGGAUUGUCUUCGACUCCACACUACCAGUCCCGUACCCCUUGGCAGAUUUCCCUCUGUUACGGAAGCUUAAAGUGAAUGGUGUCUUCUUCAGACCAAAGAAUGAGGACGAGGACGCUAUACUGCGCUGUAUUCGUGCCAAGGGCGUCGAAGUCGAUUGCAUGGACCAUGAAUUCGGCCUUGACCCGAGAUGGUAG